ACCUCAUAAGCGUUUCCAAGACGUUUGGAGCUUAAAUUCUUUUCCCCAAAUAUCAACAAAUCCACCAACAAUAACAACCUCGUGAAUAAACAAUUCCAACCAUCUCGGAUUAUUUGUGUGCUCUGAUUCUCUACGCAACGAAUUGAAAAAGUCAGAUGUUGUAAACACAACCAAAAUAGUCAACAAAAAAUCAAAACAAAAAUGAGUAGCGGCAAUAAGUCUCGUCGUAGGAGAUACAACACCCCGUCCAGCGAUGAGAGCGACGGAAGUGUUGAUAGUGCGGAGGAAGAGCGUAAGCGUGAUUUGAAAGAACGAGACGAGUUUGCCAAUCGUUUACAGAAGAAAGAUGAAGGCAAAACCAGAAAAUUGGUCGAAUCAUCCGAAAAAAAGGGCUACGAAGAAGCGGCCAAGCGACUCAAAUUGGAACUGGAAGAUCGACAGAAGGUCUUGCCACAUCUUCGAAUCCAAUCACGCCGGAAAUAUUUGGAGAAACGUAAGGAUGAUAAGGUGGCCGAACUUGAAGCUGAUAUCAUGGAUGAUGAAUAUCUGUUCGAUAAUAGCGUGCUCACUGAACGGGAGAAGAAGGAUAGGGAACAUAAAAAGCAACUGCUUCAGAUAGCAAAAGAGCAUGAAAGGGCGAGGGAACUGGAACGCGUUCAGAGGUACAAAAUGCCUCAGGACAUAAAGAAAGGAGAAAAAGAGGAAUACUAUGAGGUGGAUGAGCGUGAAAAGCAACCGAAUUCCGAACAGAAAAAAUGGGAAGCUGAACAGUUGGCGUCGGCAGUGUUCAAAUUUGGUGCAAAAGAUGCGUCCAAGAACGAAGAGUACGAACUGCUGUUGGAAGAUCAAAUUGAAUUUAUUCAGGCUCUAACACUGGAAGGCACCAAAAAAGACAAAAAGGCGGAAAUUUCCGAGACCGAGCGAAAGAAAAUGGACAUUGAGGAGACGAAGAAAUCGUUGCCGGUGUUUCCGUUCAGGGACGAUCUGAUUGCGGCUAUUCGAGAGCAUCAGAUUUUAAUCAUCCAAGGUGAGACGGGUUCUGGAAAGACAACACAAAUACCGCAAUAUCUGCACGAAGCGGGUUUCACUGAGGGUGGAAAGAAAAUUGGAUGUACCCAGCCCAGGCGAGUUGCAGCCAUGUCGGUGGCUGCUCGCGUUGCGCAAGAAAUGGGAGUGAAACUUGGAAAUGAAGUGGGCUACAGCAUUCGGUUCGAAGAUUGUACGUCCGAGAGAACGGUAAUCAAGUACAUGACAGACGGUACUCUGCAUCGAGAGUUCCUGUCCGAACCGGAUUUGGAAUCGUACAGCGUGAUGAUCAUCGAUGAGGCUCACGAACGUACACUCCACACAGACAUUCUGUUCGGUUUGGUGAAGGACAUUGCUCGUUUCAGACCGGAAUUGAAAUUGUUGAUAUCUAGUGCGACUUUGGAUGCAGAAAAAUUCUCUGAAUUCUUCGAUGAUGCGCCAACAUUCAAAAUUCCUGGUCGUCGAUUUCCGGUCCACAUCUACUACACGAAGGCUCCCGAAGCUGACUACAUUGACGCCUGCGUUGUAUCCAUUCUUCAGAUACACGCAACGCAGCCACUGGGCGAUAUUCUAGUUUUUCUAACUGGUCAGGAUGAAAUCGAAACAUGCCACGAAAUGCUACAAGACAGAGUGAAGCGAUUGGGCAGCAAAUUGAGGGAACUGCUUAUACUGCCAGUGUAUGCUAAUCUGCCCAGUGACAUGCAGGCAAAAAUAUUCGAACCGACACCUCCUAAUGCGAGAAAAGUGGUCCUCGCCACCAACAUAGCCGAAACAUCUGUGACAAUUGACAACAUUAUCUACGUCAUCGAUCCCGGUUUCGCGAAGCAGAACAACUUCAGUUCAAGAACUGGCAUGGAAUCGUUGAUGGUCGUUCCCAUAUCAAAAGCUUCAGCUAAUCAACGAGCUGGAAGAGCCGGUCGUACCGCGCCGGGAAAAUGUUUUCGAUUGUACACGGCCUGGGCUUACAAGCAAGAGCUGGAAGAGAACACCGUACCUGAAAUUCAGCGUAUCAAUUUGGGCAAUGCGGUGCUGAUGUUAAAAGCACUAGGCAUCAACGAUUUGCUGCAUUUUGAUUUUCUGGAUCCGCCGCCUCAUGAGACAUUGGUGUUGGCACUGGAACAGUUGUACGCAUUGGGUGCGCUAAAUCAUCACGGUGAGCUGACAAAACUGGGCCGUCGGAUGGCAGAAUUUCCAGUGGAUCCAAUGCUUGGGAAAAUGUUGCUGGCCAGUGAGAAGUACAAAUGUUCGGAGGAAGUGGUGACAAUAGCCGCAAUGUUGUCGGUUAAUUCGUCAAUAUUUUACCGGCCGAAGGACAAGAUUAUACAUGCGGACACGGCACGGAAGAAUUUCAAUCAUAUGCACGGCGAUCACCUCAGUUUGUUGCAAGUGUACAAUCAAUGGGCCGAAACGGACUUUAGCACACAAUGGUGCUAUGAAAACUUCAUCCAAUAUAGAUCGAUGAAACGUGCUCGUGAUGUCCGUGAACAAUUGGCCGGAUUAAUGCAGAGAGUCGAAAUUGAUAUGGUUUCCUCUUUGCCCGAAACGAUACCGAUACGAAAGGCCGUUACAUCCGGUUAUUUCUACCACAUAGCCAGACUGUCCAAGGGUGGCAAUUACAAAACAAUCAAACACAAUCAGAACGUGAUGAUCCAUCCGAAUUCGUCACUGUUCGAAGAGCUGCCCAGAUGGGUGCUGUACCAUGAAUUGGUUUUCACAACCAAGGAAUAUAUGCGACAAGUCAUUGAAAUCGAAAGUAAAUGGUUGCUUGAGGUGGCACCGCAUUACUACAAGCCGAAAGAGUUGGAAGAUUCGACGAAUAAGAAAAUGCCGAAAACGUUGGGACGAGCGACGAAAACUGAAUAAAAUGAAUUGUGGCUACGUUA